GAGGAGAGACAGACGGGCAGGAGGCUGUAACGUCCUCUAGGCCUGAACUCUGUGUGUGUGUGUGUGUGUGUGUGUGUGUGUGUGAUCAGCUGAUUGGAACACGCGUCGGUGGGCGGAGCCAUGAUGGGGAAGGAUUACAUGUUGGCCAUCAUCAUAGUCAACUAUGACGACAACAUCUGGACUGACCAAAACCUGCUACUGGACCCGGAUCUUCCCUCCGGCUGGAGAACCAUCAAAGACUCCACAGGAACGUACUACUGGCACGUUCCCACCGGCACCACCCAGUGGCAGCACCCGCGCCUUACGGGGACGCCACAGCCGCUGGACACUCAGGAGGAACCUGCAGAGCAGAGCACCGACAAGGAGACAGAUGGACCACCGGAGGACAGGUCAUCGUGGCAUGAAGACGAUGUGAGCAACGACGACCCUGACACAAAGUGCUUCGCGGUGCGCUCUCUGGGCUGGCUGCAGGUGGAGGAGGAGGAUCUGUCUCCAGGGCGCAGCAGCCUGGCGGUCAGCAACGUCAUCCAGCAGCUGUCUCACUGCAGCAGCCCCGAGCAGAGGGACCGGCUGGGAGCCUGGGGGGAGGGUCGGGAGAUGAAGCUGGUUCUGAAGAAAGACACUUUGACCCUGUUGGACCCUUUAGACCACACCCCCCUCCACUGCCAGCCAAUCAUCAACAUCCGUGUCUGGGGGGUGGGUUGCAACAACGGCAGGGACUUUGCCUUCGUGGCGGGCGAUAAGGACAGCUGUGUGCUCAAGUGUCACGUGUUUCGCUGCGACGCUCCGGCUAAAGCCAUCGCGUCGGCGCUUCACGAAAUGUGCUCAAAGAUGAUGUCGGACAAGGCGCUGAUGAGGCCGUCUCGCUCUCUCACCAUGGAGAGCAUCUCACCUGAAGACCUGCCCCGACAAGUGGAGUUCCUGGAAGCGGUCCGGCAGCAGGUCCAGAAGUUUGAGGUCCAGUAUAUCGGGAAUCUGCCGGUGUCCAGAGCCAUGGGUAUGGAGGUCCUGAACCGAGCCAUCGAAAGCAUCAUGAACUCGACGGACCGCGACGACUGGGAGCCGGCGGUGAUCCACGUCACCGACAACGUGCUGUCGCUGUGGAAGGGAGAGGACGGCGACGAGCCCUUCUGGGAGUGUCAGGUGCGCUUCCUCACCUUCCUGGGCGUCGGCCACGACAGCCACACCUUCGCCGUGAUCGUCGACGGUGGAACGCAGCGGUUUGAGUGUCACGUGUUCUGGUGCGAGCCGGACGCAGGAAUCCUGUCGGAGGCCGUGCAGGCGGCGUGCAUGGUUCAGUACCAGAAGUGUUUGGUGGCUCAGACUCCGCCUCCGAGGAUCAAAUCGUGGCGUGCGGCCCCCUCAAAGGUCAAACGGGCCAACUCCAUGGACGCCGCCGGCUUCCUGCCCCUCUCGUCCGGCCUCCACGGUGGUGGCAGCGGCAGCGGCGGCGGCUCUGCCAUGAUGGCGUCCAGGAUGGCGAAGGGCAACGGCGGCGGCGUGAGGAAGGGCAUGAUGGCGUUCUUUGAAACGUUCCGCAACAAACAGGCCGCCACCUCCUAAAGGGGGGCGGGGCCACCGGAGCCAGACUCACAGGUGCUGCUCAGGACAGCGUCUGAUUGGCUCUGGUGGUCCGACCAGCUGAUUGACAUCACCAGCAACACCGAGGCCGACGCCCACCGAGGAGCUCGCCGUCAUGAUGUCAGUCUCACCUGUUGGUGCUGCUGAGGUGAACAGCAUGAAUGUGAGCAGGCUGCCGGACCUGACACCGUCCACAAGACUGAUCCAGAACCGAUCGAUCAAUACCUCGUCAGUUCUCUGUCACCAUCAGCAGCAGCUGAGUCAAACUGUCACUGAAGGCACCAGCUCAGGACAGUCGGACCGAACCGCACGUUCCCAGCAGGAGGGAAGUUCAACAUUAGUUAUUAUUAAAUAGAGCGAUCCGUGCAUCUGAUUCGUGAAACGCAGCACCGUAGCGCCCGGCGUAGCGCCCGGCGUAGCGCCCGGCGUAGCGAGGAGCGCCUCCUCAUCCCGUCUGUCCCGCUUCAGCUUCCUACGUAGAGACGCAUGAACGCUGCACCGACACAUUCUGACCACCGGAGGGCCGCAGCACGCUAAACACACGGACUCGCCUGCUUCCUGUCAUGUGACAGGGCGGCUGAUGUGAGCGGUUGUCAUGGUUACAGGCGUUCACAAACAUGAUGCAGCAGUUUGUAUGUUGGGAUGUAAACACGUAAACGUGAACACGUAUGUUCUCUGUGCUGCUGCGUGUACACUAGGCGGUCCAACAAAGCCCCGCCCACAGCUGCCUCCUGAUUGGCUGAGCUGCUGUAGCUAGGAGCCGUGGUGUGUUUAGUGUCAGCAGGAACCUGCGGCGCUCAGCGAUGUGAUGAAACAGAAGAACCGCCGCCGUGGUUCUGGUUCUGGUUCUGCAGUGAAAACUUUGGCACAAACCAACGAAUGAUGUCAUGUAUAAACUAACCAAAUAAACCCGUUAAACUCUGG